AUGGCUUCACUCGCUCGUACUGUGCCUCGAAGGGCUCUCAUCUCCCUCCAAUCCCUCCGCACAUCCUCAACUCGGCCAGUUCGCCAAUCCCUUCAAUCCCUGCAACCCCUCCAAUCCCGAACACAACCACACCAUCUCCAUCUCCAACCUCAAAUCCGUCCCUACCACUCAACCCUCCACCCCCGCCUGCCAGACCACGAAUACAACAACAGCCAAAUAGCAAUCCUCUCCGCCGCCCUCCCCCACAUUCCGGAACACGGCUUCUCCGCCGAAGCCCUCGCCUUGGGCGCCCGCGACGCAGGCUUCCUCGACGUCUCCGUGCAGCUCUUCCCGCGUGCCGAGUUCGACCUCGUCCUUUUCUGGCUCGCUAGUCGUCGUGGUCUUCUCCGCGCCAAGGUCGAAGAGGGUGCGUUGUUCCGGCGUGUAGCAGACAAGUCUGGUAGGGAUGCGUCUUCGUUCAGCACGGAGGAGAAAUGCAGGAUUCUGGUUAUGGAGAGGUUGAAGAUGAAUUCCGAUGUUAAGGGCCAGUGGCAGGGUGCCCUUGCGCAAAUGUCCCUGCUCUCGAACAUCCCAGUCUCCCUGACUGAGCUACAUGCCCUUUCCAACGAUAUCCUUUCUCUGUCCGAUGAUUCCGCAGUCGAUGCGUCCUGGUACUCGCGCCGCUUGGCAUUGUCUGCUAUCUAUGCCUCGGCCGAGGUGGUCAUGACGCGUGAUCCGACGCCGGAUCUCAGUGAGACGGAGGCGUUUGUGAACCGCCGCUUCGAGGAUAAGGAGGCGCUUAAGCAGAAAAUUGAGGGUGUUUCGCAGUGUGUGAGUUUCGUGGGGAAUACGGCUGUUGGGGUUGGACGGUCGUGGGGGUUGAAGAUUUAG